UCCUCUUUUCCUCUCCUCAUCUCCUUUCGCCCAGUCUCAACUUCGCGACCUCUUACUGUCUUACCACCAACCCUUGGUGACUAUGAAGAUCACGGGAGCCACCGUUCUGGGAAUGGUCGCCUCUACACAGGCGUUCCACAUGCCCGCGAACGUCAAGCCGAGCGUUGCAAGGAGGAGCAGCACCUCCCUCGCUAGCGCUCUCGAGCCCUUGUCGGACGCCGAGGCGAUGGCUUCGCUUGAGGCGAUCGGGGGUUACGAUGUAGAGACGCUCGGCAAGCCGCUCGACCCGCUUCACCUGGCGAAGUACAUCCCGGCAGAGACCUUGAGGAAGUACGAGACGGUGCACUGCAGAGUGGCGAUGCUGGCGUGCGUAGGAUACGCUUUCCCUCAAAUCUUCGGCAUGUUCGAUGCGACGGACGUGCAGUCGGCGAACGGGAUAGACGCGCUGUUCCAGACGGCGCCUGAGGCGUGGGCCCAGAUCAUCGGCGCUUGCGGCAUCGCCGAGGCGGCCCAGUGGAAGCACCAGCAGUCCGGGGACACCACUCCCUUCUACGACCCCUUCAAGGGCUGGCCCAAGACGGAGAAGCAGCAGGAGAAGAUGAAGAUGCGCGAGCUCAAGAACGGGAGAGCGGCUAUGCUCUGCUGGGCCUCGUUUGUCUCGGCCGCGCUCAUCCCGGGAUCCGUGCCCGACUUCGCCCUCCCCUUCUAAUCGGACCAAGCAAAACACAAGGGACGGAAGAUAGCGGAGGACGUUUCUCUUUGGUCUCUUUUUUAGUGCGCCUUGUCAUGUAAAAAACACCCGCGCACCCAAGCCGACAUUUCUUCUUUUUUUUCUCUAUUUUGGGGGGGAAGGGAGUCAGUCCCGUGACUUGUUUUGUGAAGAGACGAGAGGAAAAAGCCAAGGGUUGUAUUUUUGACAAUCUUUGUCGGCUCAGCGAGGAAAUGACAAGAAGAUGGGACACAAGGAGCAACCGGCAAGGAUAUGUGUUGUGUAAUUAGACCUGCUUGUCUUCCUCAUUUUGGAGUCGUUCGGAACGUAUUUUUUGCGGAGGGAGAACUGCUCCUGUUUGUCCUCCCUACCCCUCCCCUCCUUCGCGGCGCAUGUGACUUUUCCGCGAAGAGUGUGAAGGCCUCCUACACUUUGAACCUCGAAGUCCUAGAUUGAUGAAAGUGUGUGGUAUGGGCAGGUUGUAAUCCCCGCGAUACGACGUGCCAUGUUUGAUCACAUUCGCUGCUGCAGUAGAGGCUGGACUGCGGCAAGGGGCUCUUAAUAGUACCGAUCAUAUUUGAAGACAGCCUUUAUAAGUCGUCGGCCCUUUAUGCAAGAAGGCGUCCGGCACACCCCGGCUUUCUAGAUGACUCGGUAGGUACGCGGCGCGGGGUGGGGCGGGCCUUGGUACAGUCUCUACUACGAGAGCGGGAAGAAAAAAAAAGGGGGCCAGAGCCUCACCAACCCAAGCAACAGGGUGUAAUAGACGUAGAUGAUGCGC